CUCGACCAAUGAGGUCCCUGUUUUCUUGAUAGCGGCUAUAAAACACACGCUAAAUGUUUAAUUGGACGGAUAAAGGCAUUGCAAACACAAGAUAUCGGGCUCGUAAUCGCACAAGUCGUGAACCUUUCCUCCCUUAAUUUCUGGGCCUAUCAACGAGUCAAGUAACCUUAUGGAAGGCGCUGAGCAGCAAACAGUUCAGUCACCCCGUCAAGGCUUUUCCAUUGCAGCCCUGCUUGGGACGACAUCGAGACAACAGCCCCAUAGACCGAAGCCAGAAAGAGCACUCCAUGGGCAGCUGUAUUCUCAGGAAUAUCAUCCACAUUCUUUGAACAGGAUGAGUAGUUCUUUCGAUGUUGGUCCUCCAAUGCAUCUUCCACGAACCCUCUGGGAAUCUUUACCAGAAGCACGAGGAAUCGCGCACCAGGGAACAUCAACCAACAUAGUUCAACUAGAUCGCACUCGAGAAAGAAGAAAAAGCAAAGAUAGUUCAAAGAAAAGAACACGAACUGCUUUUACAAAUCACCAAAUUAAAGUCCUGGAAUCAGAAUUCAAAUCCAGCAGAUAUCUCACCGUUUCGCGACGAAAUGAACUGGCAAAGUUACUCGAACUGAGCGAUAACCAGAUCAAAAUUUGGUUUCAAAAUAGGAGAACGAAACUAAAGCGCCAAAUUGCUGUUGAUAUCGCAUUUUCUAUGUCUCUUUCUGGACAUUUUUUUCCGUGUCAUCCAACUAUGCAUACCGACAGCCAUUGUCCUCGUUGUGUUUUUAAGAUGCCGAGUUGGCGGAACUAUUCUUCUGGCGCUACUAGUUUUGAUGGUCCAUUUUGUCAUGAAGCUGGUUUUUCUUCUAUGAACCCUCAAAUGCCACUAACGUUAUGAUGCAACAGAAGUCGCAGAGUUAGUAAGACUUGAUAUGACAUCUACAGUGCUGGAAAUUAACUACUGCAGCAAAAACUAUGCUUCAGAUGACUAGAGCUUUUAUACAGCUGCCAGUUUUUAAUAAACUGCUUCAGAGCCGGUAUUGCCCUUACCGGGGCGUAUUCAGAGUGGUCCUAGAGUGGCUGUGAUCUCUUUUCUACGUGCAUGUGGCUUUGGAAAGAAGGGAGGGAGGGAGGGAUGAUAAGUUUGUGGAUUUCGUGUGGAGUAUCCCUCCUCAUGGUAUCCUAGAUACGCCUCUACGUACCUUGAGUAGUUACACACUUCAUUGGCCUUACUGAGAUCGCUGAUAUGGUGCAUUGUGGUCUAUCUUGGGUACAGACAUCUUUCGUUCAUCAAACAUUAUAUGGUGUUUGUAUCGACGCUAGACCGCCACAAUUUAUCUUGUUUGUCAAACAAGCUUAUGAAUUUCACAUUAUAAAUGGUGUUUGCUAGAUAGUUCACCGACUGCUUGCAUUAGCGCUUAGAGCUGCCGUGCAUUUUACAACAAUGAGGAGCGAUACGUCAGUAUUAAUGCCCCUAUGGCUUAUGUGUCCAAACAGAAGCACUGGAGAUGGUAACACCGGACCGGAUCACAAGAUCACACACAAGAUCCACCUACACAGCAUUAGAAAUCCAUAGAACUUUUCUGAUAUGCAAACAUGAUCCAUUUACUGAGGUAUUUACUAUAAAACUUUAAACAAAAUUUAUAACACCGAUAAAUAGGAUAUCAAAUAACAAAAAAUAACGUCACUUAUUAAGCUCAUAAUAAAUAUAUUUUUGUAAGAAGCUGUAGUCCAAAAUAACCCUUUCUGAUUGUUUACAUAUUCCACUUUUCUUAUUGGUUAAAAAAACAGCUGUUUACUGGUCCAAUCAACAUGCGCCACAGGGUUCCUUGCAACAAUUAAACCAUUUUGCUUAAA